GUUUGGCGUCUGUAUCGUUUAACAUCUUUGAGUGAUGCAUGAGUUGCAGACAGCUCUUUGUUAUUAGUGUGGUGCGUACGAUUUGUUUACAGUUGAGGUAGUGCGGAUACAAUAAAAUUUUGUGAAGUUCCUGGAUUAAUAACACACCAGAAUGUUUGGAUUUAAUAUGUUCCCGGACAUUCCUCGACCCUUCAACACACAGUUCAGAUGUUUCUCUGUGUCCAUGUUGCCUGGAAAUGAGAGGCAUGAUGUUGAAAGAGGUGGUAAAAUUAUUAUGCCGCCAUCUGCUCUGGAUACGCUCACUCGCCUCAACAUAGUGUACCCAAUGUUGUUUAAACUUACUAAUAAGAAGACAAACAGAAUAACUCAUUCUGGAGUGCUAGAAUUUGUGGCUGAUGAAGGGAAAGUAUAUCUUCCAUACUGGAUGAUGCAUAAUCUGUUACUGGAAGAGGGAGACUUCUUACAGGUUGAGAGUGUUUCUCUGCCUGUUGCGACAUUUUCCAGGUUCCAGCCACUGUCAGAGGACUUUCUCGACAUUACAAACCCUAAAGCUGUGCUCGAAAAUGGACUCCGAAGUUUUGCUUGUCUUACGACGGGUGAUGUCAUAGCGAUAAAGUACAAUCAAAGAAUUUAUGAACUGUGUGUUCUGGAGACAAAACCAGGUUCAGCUGUCAGCAUAAUAGAGUGUGACAUGAAUGUUGAAUUUGCACCUCCUGUUGGGUAUAAAGAGCCAGAGACAAACAAUAAAACUGACGAAAAGAUGGCUGUUGAUCCUGCGGAGCUGAUGCCUGAACCCAGAGGAUUUGUUGCCUUCAGUGGUGAAGGGAACAGGUUAGAUGGAAAGAAGAAGAAAGAUUCCUCUAUAUCUGAACCUGUUGUUGCGAGGGUGCAGUAUCAGCGAGGCAUACCUGAUUAUGACUAUCAAAUCGGAACCAUCAGAUUCAUACGGACAUCGCGACCAGCUUCCAAAGAGAGCAAGGAACUUAGUGAAGAAUUUAAACCAUUUACUGGAGAGGGGUAUUCAUUACGAGAAGCAAGAAAGAAGUGAUGACCACAUUGUGUGCUGCUGUUUCAAAGACUGACCUGCUCACAUGUAUAUUUUAUCUAUUUAUGAUUUGGAACUCAGUGUGUGUAUGCUGAAUGUUUCUUGAUGAAUAUCUAUUUAUAUGUCUGUGAUAAUUUUCUGUAAAUAGCAGAAAUAAAUGAUAUUCAUUAGUUUUA